CUAAAAAUAAGAGAAAGAAAGUAGAAAUUGGGGGAAAUGGACAAAGGUGCUCUCGUACUCCAAUAGAGAAAUUGGUCUGUGCUUCAGGUUUUCAGAUAAGGAUAGAAGUGAUAGAGUCAUAGAAGACACUCCCACCGAGCACAAAUCCUUUGGAGGAAUUGGAGCCGAAUGGGUAAAGAAGGGGAAGAAAACUUGGCUGCCUGGCUUGUUGGCGUCAACGACAUAAAGAUUCAGCCUUUCCACCUUCCCCCUCUCGGACCCCAUGAUGUUAGGGUUAGGAUAAAAGCUGUGGGCAUAUGUGGAAGUGAUGUUCACUACCUUAAGCACAUGAGAUGUGCAGGCUAUAUUGUGAAAGAACCAAUGGUGAUUGGGCAUGAGUGCGCUGGGAUCAUUGAAGAGGUUGGGAGUGGAGUUGAGACACUUUUCCCGGGUGACCGGGUGGCUCUAGAACCAGGAAUCAGUUGUUGGAGAUGCGAUUUUUGCAAAGAAGGAAGAUACAAUUUGUGCCCCGAGAUGAAGUUUUUUGCUACUCCACCUGUUCAUGGAUCUCUUGCCAAUCAUGUGGUGCAUCCUGCACAUCUGUGCUUUAAACUACCUGAUGAUUUGAGUUUGGAGGAAGGGGCGAUGUGUGAACCUUUGAGUGUCGGCGUUCAUGCGUGUCGUCGUGCAAGCAUUGGUCCUGAGACAAGAGUAUUGGUAAUGGGAGCAGGGCCUAUAGGUCUUGUCACCAUGCUUGCAGCUCGUGCUUUUGGUGCCCCAAAAAUCAUUCUUGCAGACGUGGAUCAGGCCCGCCUAUCUGUUGCACGGGAGCUCGGAGCAGAUGAGGUCAUCAAGGUCUCAUCAAAUAUUCAGGAUGCGGCUGCUGAAAUUGAAAAGAUCAAAGAAGCCACCGGGGCUGGAAUCGAUGUGAGCUUUGACUGUGCAGGCUUUGAUAAAACUAUGACCACCGCACUUGGUGCAACUCGUUCUGGUGGCAAAGUCUGUCUUAUUGGUAUGGGUCAUGAACACAUGACAAUCCCUCUCGCAGCAACUGCUGCUAGGGAAGUUGAUGUGAUUGGCGUAUUCCGCUACAAGAACACAUGGCCUCUCUGUAUAGAGUUGAUGAGGAGUGGAAAAAUCGAUGUGAAACCUCUCAUUACGCACAGAUUCGGGUUCUCUCAAAGGGAAGUUGAAGAAGCAUUCGAAGCCAGUGCUCGCGGUGGCAAUGCUAUCAAGGUCAUGUUUAAUCUGUAAUGUUUAUGAUUUUGCCUGUUUCAUAAUAAGAUAUGAAGUGCAGUGAUGAUGCAACUACUACCGUUAUGCAAUUUGCUUAUGUUUACUUAAAAUGCAUUUGAAGUAAGCUCUCUAUUCAUUUGGAGAGCAUGCAAUAUUGUCUGUAAGAUUAAAUAAAGCUCUGCGUGUAUUUUGUAAUUCGAAUGUAAAAUUUUCAACUCAUUGUGAUGAUGAUGAUUGUCUGUGAUUCAUUCAUUAG